UAACCCCCAUUGACUGGGCUCCUACAUUCAUUUCUAUUCUAUAUUCUAUAUUCUAUAUAUAUAUUUAAAUAUAUAUCAACGUCGUCGUUGCCACAAUGGCGACUCUGGGAGCGACACCGGCCCUUCUGGCCUCCUUUUUCUUUGGUAUAUUAUUUAACGCGGCGUCGGCUGGCCUGGUUCUAUAUGUGAUAGGCCAUGGCUCAGCCAUAUUUCGGGACGGCCUGAGGCUGGUCCUCAUAAUGUUUCUGGCGUGUUCCGCGGCUUGGGCAUUGGUCGAAUUUCUCGCCACUAUUAUUGAACCGACAGCUCCAACCACAUGCCAAGUCGCAGUAAUAUUCUCAUCUCUUUUCGACCAGCUAGGGAGGUUCUUGAUCGAGCAGUACCUGGCGUGGGCAACACAAACUAAGGGGACGAAGACUAUCUGGUCUGUUAUAUUGCAGGUCUUACUUCUCGGCCGGUUUGGGAUUGGCAUGGCAUUUGUAGGAUUGUCGAGGAGCGAUUUUAAUCCUACAUGCGUGCCCGUAUCUAGCGUGUUACCUCUCGCCAUUGUCACCAUCGUGGUAGAUGUUGUGAUAGUCGGGUUGGUUCUUAUUCAAGUUUUGUCGCUGAGCUCGACCGAGAACCAGGCGACCACUAACCACAAAAAGUGUGUCAUGUUAGUCAUUGUAGGGUUGGUAAUAUGGUUCGCGAUGAGUGCCACCCUUCUCUUAGGUAUGACUACAACGGAUUUGGUCUUCAAGACGACGCUUCCUGCUCUUGGAUUGGCAAUUCUAGUUGCUUUGGUUACCGUCCUCUCAGGGACACUUGUUGCACCUCGAGGCCCACCACCGCCACGACCAGAUUCUCCUACUGCUCGAGAUAUCAGUAGGGAUAGAGACUUGUCAUCUUCAGAUUCCGCGGAGUAUCCCCCAUCCCGUUACGAGGAUGUGAAGGGUACAAACACAAGGAUCAUAUCUGCAUAUAUCCCUCAAAAUGGCGCUGCCCCUGGCUUUGGUGGCCUUUCAAGCCAAGAGAGUAGAAAGAAAAGUACGAAGGGGAAUGUUUGGAGCAAGGCCGUGGCAGGAAAGGUCUCGAUAUCGAACCCGAUACUCAUGGAAACCAACGGCAUGGCAAAUCCUCUUAAUAGAAUGCCAACGAUCGACCUUGCUACGGCUGCAAAUAACGAAAAGGAGCGGCGAACCAAAAUAGCACAAAGUACCUUGCCUCUCACCGCACAGCAGCCAGCUCCUCAGCCGCCAAAUCUCCUGAGAGAAGAAAGCAUGCUUAAUCGGGAGGCGAGUCUUAGGCGAAAAGAAAUACGAGCUUCAUCGACUACAUUGGAAAGAUCCCUGUCAACCAAGACCUCGAAAACAUCUGGGCGGCUAUCUGUCGAAGUCAACGCAUCUUCUACAUCCUCACAGUUGUCACCCGGCACUGACAAGAUAAGGAGGAGGUCGCCGCGUCAACUUCCCCCGCCAGUCCCAACUACGUUCCAGCCAAUUCGACCCGGCGAACCUAUUCGUAUACCCAUCCCAAGGACCCAAGAUUUGUCUCAAUCUUUGGAGAGUCCGGACACUCCCGACCCAGUCAAAACCCCACUCCAAAGACGCCCGACAACGGGACUUCCGUCGAAUCCACGUGCCCAAGCAAUGAAGCCCGUGACGAAAGAACUUGACAACCAGAGACAGGAAACUAUCAUGUUCGUUAAUAACAUCGUCUAUGAUGAUCCCAAUACGGUGAUCGAUAUUGUACAAGGAGCUUCGAAAACGCCGAUAACUUCCAUGGACUCUGCUGACUCGGUUGUCAACCGUCCACGCCCGAUCCCAAGAAAAGGAGACAAGGAUCGGCAAGUAUUUCCCGCUGAGUUAUCGCCUAGUCAAACCCACAAACGUUCAAAAUCUAGUGGAUCGAUUGCGAGUAGGAAGUCUAUCCUUAGGUCUAUGCCUGGUAGCCCUACUUUGUUGCCCCCAUUACCACCACCACCUAAAAGUGCCGGCAACCCGUUGCGGCCGCAUCCCAAUGACACGAAGAGUAUGACUUUUGACGAGAAAAUGGAUAUCCUGUAUAUCACUCCACUUAGCGCUCCAUCGACGAUGGGCAAAAAGCGAUCUGUGGUGCCUGAGGUUCCCCCUUUUCCCGUAACACAUGCGGAUGCACAACGAUCUGAUGGCGAGGGUGUCCUGGAUCCCGAAGCCAACGGUGACAGGAGGGUAUCCAAAGUGACUGAUAGAAGCUCAAUACGAACCACGAGCAUUCUCGGUAUUGACGAAGUUCCCCGAUUAUCUACAUAUCAAGACGUUAGCUCCCGCAACGCAGCCGACGAAUUGGGGCAAUCUUGGCUACCUGGAAUCUCCGCUGGGAACGAAAGACAGCCACGCAUACCGCAAGAUAAGAAGAACCGCAGAUCAUCCCUGGCAAUUCCGGUAGGGAGUCAUUUCAGCGUAUCAUCCAUGAGAAGCGAAAAUAAGACCGUGGAUGAAGAUGCGGCCACUAUAUGGGGCUCUACAUAUUCGCCAAUUUCUACAGAUGCUAUUGCUAUUCAGCAGUCACGACUAAUCGCACGGUCGACCUACAUUGGCAAGGAUUCCCGUAGCUCUAAGAAAUCCACAGAACAAAAUACCGGUCUCAGCACAUCUAGCAAAGCCAGUAGAAUUACUUCCAAUCGUCUUGAGCAUCCCAGCAGCAGCCAGAAGACUCCUAACACUGGGGACGACAAAGCCACAUUAGAGGUCACUACCGUUCAAGUCGACAACUCUCGCCCUUUCCACCAUCGAAUAGGCGAUGCGUGCCCUACUUUCUCUACUAGAAAGGAUAAGGGUCGAUUUAGAAAGAUGCCUCCACCGCCCCUCCUAACUCUUAACGGGAGGAGCACCAAAAAAACGAUCUUGGUACAGACUGCGGAGCCUUCGCCACUUGAGUCGCCUGAGAUUGCGUAUCAGAUGAUUCAAGCUCAACUACAGCGGUUCGAGCAGCCGAACCGUGAGUCGGUGGAGGAGAACCAGGGGCAAGGCCUUGCGCUAUUGGAAAACUUGGAGCGCGAGAUGGGACAAUUAGAGGACAAGUGGCAAUCCUCGCAGAACCGCCUUGACCGUGACUCAAUGUCGAGCAUUCGAACCUCUCCGAGCGAAUCUCGGAAAAUAUCUAUGGUGGUUGAACGUAGAGCUUCCCGAAAAGUAUCACCACAUAAUAGCGUUGUGCCAUCGAAAAUGGAAGAAAUCACGGUUACACCCGACUUGGUCAUGAAGCAAGAUAACCUUCAUUUUCUACCUGUUUCCAAGACUUCAUUGGGAAACCUAACCCCCCCUGAUACUGAUAAGUCUGGCUACGAAAACGAAAUAUCUAAAACUUCACAACUCUCAAGUUCAACAGUUAUUGAGUCGGCUACUCAUGUGCAUGCACUCUGGAGACCACAGUCACCUAUUCAAUGCCCGGUAGAUUCAGGUCUUUGGGCAGGAUCAGCCAAGAAAUCCCAAGUUCAUGUCGAUGAGCUUCCAGGCCUGUCGGUGCGCCCUGCGAUCAGGAAGACUGAGGUCUACUUGACUAUCAAGAGUUCAUGGCUGUGGCGACAACCCGCUGAGACCAAAACUUCGACGGCUUCGAAUGGCUUAUGGAAGGGCAACACGCCUUCGCGACUUGCGAAGCCUACGUCUACUGGUCCAGUUGUUACUCGCCCCCUCACCAUCCGUCCUCCCCGCAGGAGCAGACGCAUGACCCUCUUACCCGAUAUUUUGGAAAAUCCUAAACCUUUACCACAUCAACGUGGAAGUCUGGGCAUUUUUCAGUUUCCUUGGGGGGAGAAGAGUGAGCAUGCCACUAUCCAGCCCCAUUCUAGUCGAAUGGCCAUGCCGGGCACCAUGACUACUGGUAGCCUCGUUGCCAGUGCUUCCCUAAAUAUCAAACCAACCCAAAUUGACGCCGAAGAGCUCACAACAUCGUUCUUUGACGAUUAUGAAGCCGAAGAAGAAGGUGACAAUCUAUACGAAUUCUCGGAUAGCGACGGCGAGGGAGAUGAUUUUGACGAGACAACCCUCUGGGAGAUCGCAAGCUUGCUCAAAACCAGGAACUUGCCUUCAAAGGACAUCCCAUCUCCUUCACAGCAGCAGACCCCAACCUCGACCAGCUCUCGUAUGUCCGCUGGUAGUGCUGUUGAGAUGUUGAUUGAAGACUACCGUGAUGAUGGUAUGGUUCUAGAGGAACCCAUCCCUGUAGAUGUCUCAUACAACUCAACGGCUGUACCAACAUUAGCUUCAUCUCUGCUUUGGGCCGCAUGCCCAGAGUUUUUGGGUAUGCAUGUCUUCGGAUUGCCACAGCCAGAACCAGAUGCGUGGAAAUUUUAUACCAUAGGCAAUACAGAAACGAAGAGAUACGCCCCCCAUAUCAAGGACUUUGCUCCCAUCAGUAGUAACGAAUUAUGGAAACCAAGGGCCAAAGAAGUCAAUUUGGCAACAAAUAAAGCGCUGCUCUGGAGUGGAAUUGCACUAGCUCUGCCUCUGCGGACGAAAGCCACCAAUCCUCGUGCCAACUCCUCAUUACUAUGGACACGGCCUAAGACCAUAUCAGAGUCAGAGACGUCAAGGUUAUUUGAUAUCAGUAACUCUAGGGCAGACUAUCGUAAGACGUCGAAGGAUCCUGUUGCUCUACGACUAGUUAAGAAAACUUAUGCAGUGGAGAUGUCCCUUGAGACAUUAAGCUCAAAUAGCCUAUGGGGUGUAGAGAGCAACAAAAAACCCUCAUUGCUGUGGGAACCUCCCAUUAACGUUCAGUUCAUUGAGCAUGAUGGGCUCUUCAGCAGUAAUACCUCUAGAUUGGAGUAUCGUAAAACUGCCAAGGAAGCUGCCGCUAUCUCUAUGAAAAGCGCUCGCCGCACAAACGAGGAGCCGCUAGGGAUUCUGAAGACAAACAGUCUAUGGUCUAAUGAAUACGAAGCCCCUCUGGAUGAUAUUCAUCUUCCUCGAUUAUUUACGCCCAGUUACUCCAAAUUGGCUUCCCAGCCGGCCAAAGCAAAUAUCGUGUCCCGAACCCAAGCCAAUUCAUUGUGGGAGAAGCUAGAAACGACCCCAGAACCUGAAUAUAAAGGCCUAUUUAAUGUAAACGUCACGAGGAAUGACUACCGGAGAUCUUCCAAACUCCCGGCCGCGAUUAACGUAAACCGAAGCGCUCGAAAGCCGAAUACGGAAGAUCCUCUGAAUAUUUUGAUAAGCGCAAAGCUCUGGGAAGUGCGGUGUGAGCCUAGUUGUGUGCCCAUCUCCAAUCCGAUAUCAUUGUGGAGCAAGACUACCGCUUCGACGCUUAGCACACCCAGCUUAUUCCAACUCGACUCAAGUCGGAAGGUCUAUCGAACUACUUCAGCUCUGCCGGCCGCACUCAAAAUGGCCCGAAAACCACGUUUCAAUGAUAAGCCGCUUGCAAUUGCAUCGGCCCACUUAUGGACUAACAGACAGGCUACCUCAGCCGGAUUAAACUGGAUCUCGAUCUCUUCUAUACGCCCUGAGAGUCCAUCUAUCGCUUCGGCGUCUACAGUGAGCAGCCACUUUGGUACGAUGACAGCCCUGCGGGCUUCCUACCCACGAGACUGGGAGGCAGCUCUUCAGGUUGCUAUCAAGGCAAGUCAGGCCACACCAAGGUUCGCUCGCAAAGCUGCGUCACCCCGAGACUGGUCCACUGCACUUCACAAAGCUAUUAUGGCUUCUCGCCCUCAAUUGAGGUUCUCGAGAGGUCAAGCUCUGCCAGCUCAAUGGGGGGCUGAACUCGAGGAAGCCAUAGCUAGAAGCCAGCCACCUAAGGUCAACAAAUUCGAUGUUGCUGUCCGGCAUCCUGUGUAUAUGGGAUCACUGGAAACGACGGCGGGAGCAGUUCAUCCAGCAAUCGGGCCAGGGCCAGAUACAGCAUUUAUGCUCUGGACUAAUGGACAGAAGACAAAGAGCGCUGUUGUGAAGGCUGUGAAGGGAUUAUGGACUCCUUCCAUUAAAAGUACCUCAGAUAUACGCAUAAAACUACCUUUUGGCAGUGAAGUUGUGCAUGUUAACUCACGUAAAAGCAAGACAGCGCCGACUUCCGAAAUGGAAGUUGAAGCUGACUUCGGUGGGCAAGGUUUAUGGAAGCGUGGAGAGAGGGGCAAUUCUAGGAUUCCUAAUAGGGACUGGCUCGAUGACUCGAUGAAAAAACGGUUUACACGAGUUGAAUUAAGGUAUUGAGUGGCUAGGUUUUGGAAAAGUAGAAGGAGGGGGAUGUUUAGGAAUACGAAAUUUCCUUGCGCGAUAUUGUAUUUUGCUAUCCAGCGGCAAUACUUUGUAUAUAUGUCGGUAUAUAGGUAUGUACCUGCCUACAUAAUGUAGGAAAGGUUAGGUACCUAGUAUGUAACUUCAGCUUACUCCGUCUUACUCGAAGCUGGGCCAUCUCUGCCAGCUCCAAUCUCGCUCAUUGAAU